UUUACUAGUACCUUGACGGCGCGCGAUUGCAAGUUCUGAGCUUUUUCCAUUUCUUCUUUUCCUGCACAUUCAACAGUGGCAAACUUUCUCACUUCAGUCAUUCGUUUUUCCUGCGACAGAUAACUUUACAUCCGCACAAGAACUACCAGACGCACCUCAAGAUAUCCUAGUAAGAAUCAGAGAGUAAUCAAGAUGCCAUCCUUCACCACACGCGCCGCAGCGCUCGCCACUCUCGUUCUCGGAGCCUCAGCUCUCGACGGCAUCGUGACACCAGCGAAUAUCACCGCCGGCGAACCCUUCGACAUCACCUUCAAGGGCGCAAACGACAACACCUACCGCGUCUACCUCGCCGCCGCCCUCGCAGGCGUCAACGGCCCAACUUGCUACCUCCUAAACUCCACCACCCUAACCUCCCCCCUAACAAACCUCUCCAUCCCCGCCACCGUCGGUCCCAGCGCAUCCUACUACAGCAUCGCAAUAGCAGACCUCACAACCUCCCAAGGCGCCACAUUCUCCAACCGAUUCACCCUCCAAAACGCCACAGGCUCCUACUCCGACUACGAAGACUCCCUCGCCGGUAGCCCAUUCUGGUCCCCCGAUCAACUCCCUUGUACAGCCUACGAAUGCGCGCGAAAAUGCGCCAUGGAUUCUUAUCCGGAGGAUUUGAAGGAACAGGAAGCGUUUGAGACGAUGAAGGAUUGUAUUUUGGAGUGUCCGGGGGUUAGUGAGGGGGAGGGGGAGGAUGGGGAUUUGGAGGGGCCGGCGUUGGCGAGUUCUGGGAGUGAUGGGGAUGGAGAUGAGGCGUCUGCGACGGAGAGUGCGGAGGGGAGUCAGACGAGUGAAUCUAGCGCGGCGAGGAAGCAGGGGGUUGUACUUGCUGGGGCAGCGGCUGCUGGGUUUGGGGCUUUGGCAUUUGUGUUGUAAGGUGAGCGGUGACAGAAUUUGUACAGAGCAGAGCGGAAUGAGACCACGACGGUACGGCGUGCUCGGGCGACGAUGGUAUUCGAAGACCUUGUUGACUGUCAGGAAAGCUUCGUCGUACUUCGAUCAGCAUAGACAUCGACAGCAUAAUGUGUAAAGAGAAGAAGAAGCAGAACAAUCGGCAUGUAGAAGAAAGAAAGCGACUUCCUGGGGGUAUAUAUCUCUCAACAAAG